CAGUUGAUCACAUUGGGUUUUGGCUGUAGAAACUUAGUAUUUAAAAAUAUUUUAUCAUCUCCACUCUUAACACACAAAUCAGAUGUUGCAGUGAUAGCUGCAGCUCCCAUUGAGGACAACUUUUACAAGGUCAGCAGUAUAUCAAAUGUUCUUACUCUGUUUAAUUUAUCUAUACAUGAGGAUGUGUGUCAGAGUUAAGGCUCAUUAAGGCUCAAUGUUAGAUACGUACUGUUUAUGGAAACAGACAGAGCCUUCCAUCGAUACGCUGAAUAAGUUUCGUCCUUAUUGAUGCACGUUUUUCUGAAACAACCGAAACAGCGCAGUACCACUGAGAACUCUAUCGGGACAACAGUUCAAGCGAGAUGAAAUUAAGACACUAGGACGAUAUUUCUUCAUUGGCUGAAGUUUUUUAGGAGACUUAGUUGGAAAGAGACUAGAGGGGUAGUUACAUGUUAAGCUACUUUGCGUAGGAACAGACAUUUAAAUUUGACACAAAGAAAAGCCAACAUUUUAUCAGUGAAAAAUACAUUUAUCUUAUUUUAACCACCUCAAGAUAUUUGCUUAGGGGAAAAAAUUCCCCAUAGGCUAAUUGUUGAAUGAUGAAAUUAAAUCAAAGAAAUUAUUGAUAGAUCAUUUUUUUUAUUUUGAUGGUCAGACAAAGAUAUCAUGUGACGGUGGCAGUGAGGAAACUUAACCACAGUAGCCUGGAUGGGCAUAGCCAAUAUUUUACAAAUAUGUUAUACACAUAUAUAAGAACAUUUUGAAAAUGGGUGUUCAAUAAGUUAUACCAACAUUUUUAUUGGCUAAUUAAAACAUUUCUUAGAAGGGUGGGCAGUGGGGGAAUUUAACCCCAGUACUUAUUAAACCCUGGUUACGGCCCUGCUUACAGUUCUUGGAGCUAAGGGGUUUCUUGAUUAAAAAAAAAGUCCCUGUGAUGCGUUCAAGUGACCUAAAGCAGCCAUUAUAGCCCUUGCAAUAUGUUGUUCUCUCGCAUUGUGUUUAUUCGUCCAAAUCCCCCAGUAGGAUAACUGCGUUUUAAUUCCUGGUUGUCUCUUUUGGAAACCAGUCAAUUAAGGCUCCAUACGACAAAGACAGACAUCUCGGCUCAGCCCACACACUAUCUCUCCAGGGCUGUUCGGCGCUGCUGGCCUUAUCUCUGGAGGUCCGAGUCUCAUGACAUAUAAGGAUGCAGCCGUCACUGACAACAACAGUCCCAAAAUAAUCCGAGGGCGCACAGCUGAGCCCCGAGCAGCCCCGUGCCGCACGCUGCUCCGCUGGGCACCGCCGCGCUGUGCGGGAACCACCGACACCGUAAUGACGAAAUUCUGCUAUUCUGAAUACUUAAGUCAGUUCCGUAACGCUGGAGGGAAAUGUAAUAAUGUGCGGCCGCGUGAGCGAGCAGACGGAGGGAGAGGAGACAGUCAGAGCCACGCGUCGCCAGAGCCGGAGGAUGUUGACCCGGUGGUCUGUGCCAUCAGGAGAGGGGACGUGGAGGUCGUUCAGGACCUGGCAUCAUCCGCCCCUCACUGCCUGCUGAGGGAGAACAAAGAUGGCUGGAUACCUAUGCAUGAUGCUGCCUACUGUGGACAGGCUGGGUGUCUGAAGACCCUACUGAGGGUUCAUCCAGCCUCAGUAGACAAACGCACCUUACAAGAGCAGACGGCCCUGCUGCUCGCCGUGUCCUGUGAACAUUUGUCAUGUGUGCGGUGCCUUCUGGAGGCGGGCGCUGACCCCGACAUCAGCAGCAAGAACAAAGAGACCCCUUUGUAUAAAGCCUGUGAGUUGGAGAGCGUGGACAUGGUGAGCCUCAUUCUGACUUACGGGGCCACUGUGAACCAGCGGUGUGGUCAGGGCUGGACCGCCCUCCACGAGGCCGUAUCCAGGAACAACACAGAGAUCUGUGAGAUACUAAUAAGAGCUGGGGCUGCAAUCAAUCCUCCCAACACCUACAGCAUCACACCGCUCACUGUAGCAGCUCAGCAAGGACAGAUGAGGGCACUGUGUUACCUAAUUGGAAAAGGUGCAGAUGUGAACAUGCAGACGUGUGAUGGCGUCACAGCCCUGCACGAGGCCAGUAAAAACGGACACAAGGAAAUCGUAGCAGUGCUCUUGACUAAAAACGCAGACGCCAACAAACCCACUAAUUCUGGACUGCUGCCUCUGCAUGUAGCUGCUCAGUAUGGACACCCCGAGAUUGUGUCCCUGCUGGUGUCAGUGACGAGUCGAGCCAGGCUGCGGCACAGUUGGAUCAGUCCCCUCCACCUAGCCGCCGAGCACAACAGACAUACUGUGGCAGCUGUGCUUCUGAAGACAGGUGCGGAUGUAAACGCCACACUGGCCCCCAGUCACUCCACCCAGUAUGCUGACGGACGUGCAACAGCCCUCUACUUCGCUAUUGCCAACGGAGGUAGCAAGACAGCAGAGGCGCUGCUGAACGCCGGCGCCAGCGUGAGCCUUGACCCACUGAGUCCUCUGCUGAUGGCCGUCCGUCAGGGCUGUGUCAGCACCGUGUCUUUGCUGCUGGACAGAGGGGCCGACCUCAACGCCAGGCUCCCAUCUUAUGCUACCACCUUCCCUGCUGUUAUCGCACUCUGCAUGAACAAUCUGCCUCUGCUCAAAUGCCUCUUGGACAAUGGCUGCCAGGCCCUCCCUUGUUUUACCUGCACCUACGGCAGUGCCCCUCACCCGGCUACAGGAGAAUCCCACCUAAGAACUGUUGGCAGCAACGGAUAUGUUUUACAGAAUGACAAUAUGCCUCCGUUUAAUUGUUGCGAGAGAACAGAAAGAGCAAGACAGUUCUGUGAGUGGAUCUCGACACCAGCUAUGUGUAAAUGGGCCGGACCCAUCAUAGAUUUGCUGCUGGAGCAUGUUGGUCAGGUUCAGCUGUGCAGCAGGCUCACUGACCUACUGGACAGCCGAGAGGAAUGGCUGGCUGUGAAGAGGAAGUCAUUGUCUCCUCGUCCGCUGCUGCACCUCUGCAGAUUAAAGAUUCGGACCCAAAUGGGGAGAGACAGGCUGAACUCUCUCACAAGUUUACCUCUGCCAGACAGAGUGAUCCGAUACCUGAGUCUUGCUGACUGACUUUAAAGGUGAAUUUCAAGCAACAUAUGCAUCAGAGACGUGGCUAUAUUUAUGUUUGUGUGGUUCUUUUUUUAGUUGAGUCUGAUGUCUUGAAUCUGUACAUGGUCCUGUCAAAGCAAUUAUCUAUGUGUAAAAUAUCUAUUUAUAGCACAUUUAAUGUGACAAUAAACCUUUUUAAUCUCAAA